AUGGCGGAGGACAUGAUACCUAACGAAGCAGAAGGGCACUACGCGUUUGAAGCUCUCGAUGCCUUCCUUAAUAAAGAAGAUCCAAAUUCUUGGGAGAGUAUGACUCUACAAGUAGUAUUCUGUAAUCCUUUAGGAGGGUACUCUUUUCGUGAGGCUGUCGUGACCACACAAGAAAUGCUGAGUACGUUCAAUUGUUACCCAGAUCAGGCGACGGAGGAGAACCGGGCCACCAAACGACAGAAAAGUAUUUCAGAUGAAGAAAACAUAGCCUUUGAUUUAUUGGAUAAUUACUUAAAAGUGAAUGCUGGUGCCACAGAAUCAAGUUUUGAUAGAGAUCAGAAGGAAGCUUCCAUUACUGAAGUACUGAAUACACACCUGUUCAGCCACCUAGCAGUUGGAGACUGCGUGAUUGAUGAUAAUAUUUCCACAUCAGGAAAAUGUAGCUGUGGAUGUGGGGUAGAUGUCAAGAGAGGAAAUAAUUUUUUAGGGCUUGACCUGACAUGGCAUGGCAAUGUCAACAUGAUGAUAAAUGGAGUGCUACCAUUAACCGUCUUGGAAGAUGAGGACAACACAUUUAAAUUUGAGGAACAAGAUCUUAAAUGGAGUUCAACAGAUGAUAUGAAAAAAGACAUUAGUGAAUUAAGCCUUAAACACAAAACUUUCAAAAGUCAGUUGAUAGCAGAGACAAUUACUAAUGCAUUUGCACAAACUAAUGCAAAUGUAGAUCUUUUAGGCCUGCCAAUACCAGCUUUCGGCUGUACACCAGACAAAAUCUGUGUUUACUCAUAUGAUUGCAAAAAUGACAUUUUAUUGAAGAAGAUGGAUAUUCUGAAAAUUGACGAAGAACACUUGACUGCCCUCACUAUUGUGAAGAUAUGGUUGUACUUAAAUUUUUCAUUAUUUAUGAGAAGAGAUUCCACAGACCUAGACAAACACCCAGAUCUUGGAGACUAUAGAGCAAAAUUUUUGUCAUGUAAUGAAAAUGUUCCUCGAUUUUACUCCAAAAUCCAACCUGGUGCUCUGGUAUUUUCCAGAGCUAGUUAUGAGCCCAGCUUGCGAUUUGUUGGCCUAAGACAGUAGCAUUUAUACACAACUGAUUACCCAGAUAGUUUAAUUGAUAUGCAAUGUGAUUAGUGGACCAGCCUAAACUAGCAUGAGUCAUACAGUCCAAAACUUCUAUUAUGCAGAACGUUAAAGGGAUAAUUCUGCAUAAGUUGGAAUUCCAUUACUUCAUAACAAUGGAACAAAGCAUGAUCUACUUACAUUGUAUAUUCUUAUGGAAAUUGUAUUCCUCAAUUUACCAUAUGAACAAACACAAGAUACUCGAUUUAUAGUAAUUCUUUAUAGAUCUAACUCGAUCAUUUCACAAAUGUUCUUGCGGUACUGUGUCACAACAGGUUUGUUUUAGCUAGACAGUUUGAAAUAUUUGAGUAGAUUUUAAAAUGUACUAGAAAUAAGCCCAAUGAUGCAAAGAAUUGAAGUUGCAAUAUCAGCAAAAAUAUUAAGUGAACACUUAGGUAUUCACCAAGUACUUCACAUAAAUCGAUGAUCAUGCACCAAGUACUUCACAUAAAUCGAUGAUCAUGCACCAAGUACAUUUGUACUUCACAUAAAUCGAUGAUCAUGCACCAAGUACUUCACAUAAAUCGAUGAUCAUGCACCAAGUACUUCACAUAAAUCGAUGAUCAUGCACCAAGUACUUCACAUAAAUCGAUGAUCAUGCACCAAGUACUUCACAUAAAUCGAUGAUCAUGCACCAAGUACUUCACAUAAAUCGAUGAUCAUGCACCAAGUACUUCACAUAAAUCGAUGAUCAUGUACCAAGUACUUCACAUAAAUCGAUGAUCCUGUUUCAGAUUUUCCAAUGCUCCAUAUUUAGGUGGUCUAAUUCAGUUUUGGUCGGGGUAUUCCCAUUGAUUACACUUGUCACAGGAAAGAUAUUUUUAGGCUAACAAUAGUUUUAAAAGUCAGUUGAAAGAGUUCUGAAAAGUUGCAGAACACUGGUUACAAAUGUUCGAACUUGUGUAGAAUAACACUAGAAAGAAAGUGUUAGUUUUUCUAGAACCUCACAUCAAGAUAUAAAAUACCUAGUGAAAUAUCGUUUUUCAUACUUAACAUUAGCCCGAGUUUAGUCUGGCCCUUAGAAGACCAUGACUGGUGUAGGGCCAUAGGGCACUAAUAUACCACUACCUCUAGCCCUGACACCCUGUCUACCUCUGGCCCUGACAUCCUGUCUGGUAGACAUAGUGUCAGGGCCAGAGGAAACUCGGGCUAGCUGAACUUGUGAGAGUUUCACUUGGUUGUAGUUUGCACAUUUAGAAUUAAAAAUCAAUAUAGUUCGCAGCUUUCUGACUGAAAAUUUUAAAAAGAAAAUUAUUCUUUCUAAAACUGCUAUUCUACCUAGUCAAGAGGUUGAGUAACGUUCAUGAAUUUCAUUAUUUCAUGAAAUAUUUACAGCAUUAGUCUUUUUCCUAUGUAAGGGACAGACUCAAAUGAUUGACCGUGGGUAUAAUACUUGAGUAAUGCAUGAUUAAAAUGAAUUUACUGCUUUGUAAAUAAGACUUAACCAAUACAUUUUAAUAAAAUGUCGUUCGUAAACUA